GUGGGUUUUUUGCUCUGCAAGGCUUCUGUACUUUCACCCUUUUUUCAUUGAGGAGAAGCUGUCUUUUGUACGACAACUUAACUGCAACGUGUUUAGCAAUCAUGGCGGAUAGCGAGCAACCUACUGACAACUGGGUAUUGGUGGACGACCCAGAGAAACCAGCUGCAGAAGAGUCCCCUGCUGAAUCUGCCCCUGCAGAACCAGAGCAGCCAGCAGAACCGGAACCCGAACCAGAAACAGAGCCACAACCUGAACCCGAAGCAGAGCCUGAGCCUCAACCCGAAGCAGAGCCUGAGCCUCAACCCGAAGCAGAACCUGAGUCUCAACCUGAAGCAGAGCCUGAGCCUCAACCCGAAGCAGAGCCUGAGCCUCAACCCGAACCAGAGCCUGAGCCACAAUCCGAACCUGAACCUGUUGAGCCGGAACCCAAAGCAGAACCUGAGCCCGAGCCAGUUGAAGAUAAGCCUGCAGAUCCUGAACCAGCUCCUGUGGAAUCAGAGCCUGAGAAACCAGUAGAGCCAGAACCUGAGGCUGAACCACAACCUAAAGUGACUGAAGAUAAACCAGCUGAGCCUGAACAAGAACCAGAGCCCCAAUCAGAACCAGCUGAGGACAAACCAGCCGAAGACAAGCCAGCUGAGGACAAGCCAGCUGAAGACAAGCCAGCUGAAGAAACUGAAGUGACAAUUGAGGUGGAGAUUGGCGGAGGUUCUGAAGAGAAAGAAGUUGAAGUGCUUCCUGAGCCUGGAGACGAAAUACACUAUGGCUCCUACAUUCGUCUGUGUCAGGUUGGAUCGGACAUGACCAAGGUCAAGAAGAGCAAGGGGUUCCCUCGCCAGUACAAGCUUGAGAAAGACCUCCUCUCUAUUGUCUGGGACUCCAAACACAAGGCACUUAGCAAGGCAAAGAUCGCAGUCACAAACAUCACAGAGGUGCGAGGCGGUCGCUCCACUGACAGCUUCAAGAUCAGCAAAGACACUCACCCUGAAGAUGUCUGCUUCUCCAUCAUCUACAAGGAUGCAGGGAACAACCUGAAGACAUUGGACCUGGCCGCUCUCACCGUGGCCGACAGGACCGCAUGGGUGGAAGGACUCAAGGCUAUCCUGAGGCAAACUAGCUCCAGCGAUAAGGGCGAUGAGAGGUCAAAGGUCAGGGAACGCUGGCUCAAGGACCUGUUUGACCGUGCCGAUAAAGACAACAGUGGCACACUGGACCUGAAGGAGGUGCUCCGUCUCAUGAACGAACUUAACGUGGGCGUGUCACAGAAGCAGCUCAAGAAACAGUUUAAGGCCGCAGACACAGAAGGAGCCUCUGAAGGAGACCAACUCGAUGGGAAACUCAACUUUGAUGAAUUCUGCACUCUCUUCAAAGACCUCUCUGCUAGACCCGAGUUGAGGAUGCUCUUCAACAAGUACAGCUCCAAGAUGGAAUGGCUGACAGUCAAGGACCUGCAGAAGUUCUUGCAGCUGGAGCAAGGAGCGGACAACCCCAGUCUGGAGUUCUGCACUCAGCUGGUGCAGAAAUACGAGCCCACGGACGAGGGCAAGGCACAGGGCUUCAUGAGCAUGGAUGGCUUCUCUCAGUUCAUGCUGGGGCCUGAGAACGACAUCAUCAAUGUUGAUCGCUGCUCCAUAAUCUACCAGGACAUGACCCAGCCCCUUUCCCACUACUACAUUGCCUCCUCUCACAACACCUACCUUCUAGAGGACCAGCUGAAGGGACCUUCGUCUUGUGAGGCCUACGUGCGAGCUCUGAGGAAGGGCUGCAGAUGUGUCGAGUUGGACUGCUGGGAUGGUCCUGAUGGGGAGCCCAUCAUUUACCAUGGUUACACCCUCACCUCUAAGAUUCCCUUCAAUGAGGUCAUCGAGGCAGUUCGUGACCACGCCUUUGUGGCGUCAACAUACCCUGUGAUCCUGUCCAUAGAGAACCACUGCUCUGUCCCCCAACAGGCCCGCAUGGCUGAGAUCAUGAAAGAGAUUCUUGGAGAUACUCUCUAUGACGACGCGCGAGACGAGAGCAGGACCAUCCUGCCCUCCCCUGAGGAUCUCAGGAGGAAGAUCCUUGUCAAGGGCAAGAAGUUGAACAAGACCGUGGAGGAGGCUGAUGACGACGAAGGUGAAGUUACUGAUGAGGACGAGGCUGAAGAAAUAGACCAGACUCACAAAGUCGAACCUGAGGCCAAGCCAGAGGAGGACAAGCCAGCUGAGGACAAACCAGCUGAGGACAAACCAGCUGAGGACAAGCCAGCCGAGGAUAAGCCAGCUGAGGACAAACCAGCUGAAGAUAAGCCAGCUGAGGACAAACCAGCUGAGGACAAACCAGCCGAGGACAAACCAGCCGAGGACAAACCAGCUGAAGACAAACCAGCCGAAGACAAACCAGCUGAGGACAAGCCAGCCGAGGACAAACCAGCCGAAGACAAACCAGCUGCUUCAGGAGAAGAUGCAACAGAUGGCGCCAAAGGAGAUGCUACCCCCCGCAAGCAGCGCUCGGUGAGCUUCAGGUCUCGCCAGAGGAAGACUACUGUGACUCAGAAGCCAAAGAAGAAGAUCAAGCUCAACUCUAAGCUGUCUAAGUGUGUCAACUAUGUCCAGUCUGUUCACUUCCCUGGCAUCGAGGGAUAUGAUGGAGUGAGCCCCGCUCCCGGCAAGUGUUGGCAGAUGAGCUCGUUCGGAGAGAGCACUGCCACAAAGUUGAGCAAAGAGAGUGCAGUGAGGUACGUCACCUACAACAAGGUCCAAGUCAGCCGCACAUACCCUAAGGGCUCUCGUGUCGACUCCUCCAACUAUGACCCCACCCCUAUGUGGAACGCUGGAUGCCAGAUUGUUGCCCUAAACUACCAGACUCCUGGCAAGGCCAUGGACCUCAACGAGGGCAAGUUCCGAGACAAUGGUGGGUGUGGCUACCUCCUCAAGCCAGCCAUCAUGAGAGAAGACUUGUCACGAUUUGACCACAAUCAGCGUAGCGUGCACUUCUCUGGCUUCACCCCCAAAGUCAUCACAGUGAAGGUGAUCAGUGGCCAGAAGUUGCCCAAGCCGGGUGACAAAAAGGGAGAAAUCAUCGACCCCUACGUCGUACUGCAGGUGGUGGGGGCGGAGUGUGACAACCAGAAGUUCAGGUCCAAAACUGUCAAUGAUAACGGAUUCAAUCCCAGGUGGUCAGACCAGAGCUUCCAGAUGCAAGUCCGUUUCCCAGAACUAGCUGUGCUCAGGGUUAAAGUGAUGGACGAGGAUUGGGGUCCAAAUGCUGAUGAUUUCAUUGGCUCGUACACCCUCCCCCUCAAUUGCCUGGUGCCCGGCUAUCGUCAUGUCCACCUCACUAAGAGCGGACUCAAGAUGGAGAGUGGGUCGCUGUUCCUACACAUCCAGAUCCAGGACUACGUUGCCCCACACAGAGCAUUUGGCAAGACCAAGACUACUCUGAAGCUCAAGAAAUCCAGAGAGUACCCUGAACACCACCAAGUUGGCCACCAAGGCAUUGACCUUCAUUUCCGCAACAUCCCCGCUGUCUUGCACAGAGCAGUGGACAUGAGAGAGGACUUCACCUUUUACCUUCUCCACUUCAAGGAGCUGGUCGGCCAUGGACCUCAGGCUUCUCUCAGUGACUGUGUAGAGCUGCUUGCUGCCAGGGCAACCAGUGCAGGUCUCAGCUUGUGUCUACAGGAGCAGGGAGAGAGUGAAGAGACCAGGGUGUAUCAAAUGAGUAUGGUCUCGGGAGUAGUGCCAGCGUCAAUACAGCCCAUGUUGGAUACAUUCAACCAACUCAACUCAUCCAUUCAGGCACUCAUCGUGCAUGGUCAGCCCACUAUCAACGAGCUUCAGGUCAUCCACAAGGAGGCCAAGGAACAGGAGGAUGCCCUGAGGCAGCACAUCAAUGACACUCCCCCCAAGAGACCUGACCUCGUGUUGGACCAGUAUGCUCGUACCAUGUUCACUGUGUCCACUGAAGCUGAACGACUGACAGCUGCCAAAGAACAGGCUGCUGACACACUGAAGAAGUUGUUUGGAGCAGCUACAAGUGCUGGUAUUGCAUUGAAACCCACUCAAUAAAAGAGAAACUGAAUUAUCCCCAGACAUUGUGUGCUAUAGAAACUUUAUAUUUUGAACACAGUGUUGAGUGUAAUGUAGAUACCCUUAGUAACUUGAACAGUUUGUAUAUAAUUGUAGGCUUCCUAUUAUUUUUUUGACUAUAUACAAUUAAUGUACAUAUGCAUGUACUUUAAAUUUUUACAUGGUGUCUAAUUA